AUGAAAUCCCUGUUCGUGUUCGCCCUGCUGCUGGUGGCCGUGACGGCGUUCGCGCCUCGCGACAAGCGCGUCGUUGGUGGAGACCUCGCCACCGUUGGUCAGUUCCCGUACACCGUCGGAUUGAUCACUCGUAUUAACAUCCUGCUGACGGGCCAGUGCGCUGGUUCGCUGGUAUCGGCCAACUUCAUCCUUACUGCCGGUCGUUGCAUCUCCGGAAUCCAGAGUGCCGUCGCCGUGCUCGGUGGUCUGCGCAUCGAGGACGCUAGCGAACCUGGACAGCUGCGUGUCACCGUGACUGACUUCAUCGUGCACCCGCAGUACGAAGAGGAACCCGACAUCUUCGACGUUGGUCUUGUGCGACUCCCUCUUCCAGUGCCGUUCAGUGAUCGCGUUCGCCCAGUCCGCCUGCCCAAUCUGCGUCAGGUAGAGGCUACGUUCGUUGGUCAGCAAGCCACCGUCACUGGCUGGGGUCGAUUCGGUGAGGGUACUACGACCUCGCAGGAUCUCCGGUUCGGUCGCUCUCAGGUCAUCUCGACGCUGGCCUGCCGGAUCAACCUGCCAACCAACACGAUCUUGGACGAGCACGUGUGCACGGAUGGUGCUAACAGCUCACCAUGCCAGGGUGAGUUCGGUGCUCCUCUGACGAUCGUGGACGCUGAUGGCAUCACCACGCAGAUCGGUGUGUUUUCGUUCAUCUCGAUCCUUGGCUGCGAGUCGGGCCGUGCUGCCGUUCACACGCGCAUGUCCUCGUAUCUCACCUGGAUCGGUCAGAACUCGGAUGUUGAGAUCCGCGACAACUUCUAA